AUGAAAAACAAUUCUUCAAUAUUCGUAGCAGUGCGAGUGAGGCCGUUUACCGAGCAAGAACAAGAAUUUUUGGUUGAAACACCAAAUUCAGCAGAAUAUCUUGGUGAUGGUUCCCUUGCUGGAGCAAAGUCUUCCUCCGGUUUCUCCGAACAGUCAAGAAAACGAGGGAUCCGUCGCAUCGUACGCGUCUUGGAUAAUAAUGUAUUAGUGUUUGAUCCUCCAGAAGAAAAUCCACUAGCUGGCGUGCAAAAAUCUAUCCUUUCUGCUGGUAAGCGAUUUCGGGACCUUCGAUUCGCCUUUGAUAGACUAUUUCACGACACUGCUACGCAGGAAGAGGUAUACCAGGGAACUACAAAAUCAUUGUUAGACAGUGUGCUUGAUGGGUACAAUGCUACUGUGUUUGCUUAUGGCGCUACUGGGUGCGGGAAAACGCAUACCAUUAGUGGUGAGCCCAAUGACCCUGGCAUCAUAUUUCUUACCAUGCGCGAGUUGCUGACUCGAAUUGAAAAUGUCAAGGCUACCAUGAACGUUGAGCUUUCGGUAUCUUACUUGGAAAUCUAUAAUGAAAAGAUUCGUGAUCUGCUUUCCCAAGAUCCAACGUCUUUAGUAACUCCCAAGUCGUUGACUAUCCGAGAAGAUGCUGACCAAAACAUUUCGGUUCCGGGUCUUACAUGCUUUUCACCAAAGGAUUUGGAAGAGGUAAUGGAUAUUAUCGUACGUGGCAACAACAAUCGGACUAUGUCCCCUACUGAGGCAAAUGCAGUUUCUUCACGAUCCCAUGCCGUUCUACAAAUUUACGUUCACCAAACUCCUCGGUCCAACCCUGAUGGAAAAAAAUUGCACUCAGUUUUUUCGUUUAUUGAUUUAGCAGGUUCUGAACGAGCCAGUGCGACAAAGAACCGAGGCGACCGUUUAGUAGAAGGUGCCAACAUAAACCGUUCCUUACUAGCAUUAGGGAAUUGUAUCAAUUCUCUUUGCGACCAACGUCGUCGACAACAUAUUCCUUACAGGGACUCAAAGCUCACACGACUGCUCAAAUUUAGUCUUGGGGGAAACUGUAAAACUGUAAUGAUUGUGUGCGUUUCACCUUCUUCGCAACAUUACGAUGAAACCCAUAAUACGCUCAAAUAUGGAAAUCGAGCUAAAAACAUAAAAACGAAGGUUUCCCGAAACACUAUUAGCGUGGAUCGACACGUUAGUGAAUAUGUUCGAGUUAUCUAUGAGCUUCGACAGCGUGUAUCGUUUUUACAAAAGCGGAUUUCAGAGGAAUCCAAUCAAUUUCUCUCUUCGAAAGAAGCUCGGAAAAUAUCUUCUCGAGAAGUUCGGAUGCUAGAAGCUCGGAACAUCUUGAAAGCCUCUUUUGAUGGAUCUCGGGAUUUACAAAAAGAACUCAUACACAACGUCCGUACCCUUAGAAAGCUGGAAGACGAAAUUCUUCUUUCCCAAUUUUGGAUAGCGCAAGCAGAAAACCAUGAGGCAAUUCCGAAAAAAGAGCUGGAUUCGAUGAAAACCCGACUUGAACAACUUUACUCCGAACGCACUGUGAUUUUCUCGAAGGUUAAUCCUGAUGAAAUCUGCAAAACAUUUUUGAACAGUAUUUCUCACAUUAUAGCUUCGUUUAAAGCCGAAGGUGAUGAUUUGUAUGCUGAUAUGCUUCAAGACGAAGUUGAUCUUUUAAAGUCCAUUGUUGAAAACCAAAUUUUGGACGUUAGGUCGGAAGCAGAGUCUCUUUCUAUUGUUACAAAGAAAAUGAUGCAAAACAUGUUUUCAUUAAUUCCUUUACUCCCUGAGGAGGCUGUCGAUACGAACGAAUAUCUUGCAAAUGCUUUCGAUCAACUGGUCGGUAUUUCCCCUUCGACGACACAGUUCGAAGUUACGAAAUAUCUCCCUUUAUCGAAGCAGGUUGGGCUGACUUAUGCAAAUGAUCUUCCACAAUCACCAAGCAGGUUCAAAGCUCGUUCACCCACUAAAGCAGCUCGUGUUUUGAAAAAGCCAUUAAAAAAACGUGUCCGUUUUAGUGAGAUGCCUUUAGGAAGCCCUGUAGCAGCCUCCAAGUCAAAAACGAAACCUAAGCGAUGGGCUCUAGAUCCUUUUAAAAAUAAGCCUUCUCGAUUUCGGUUGGGAUCGUCGAUGCGUCGAGCUGGUAGUCCAUCUUCACCAACCAAAAAUGCUUCAGCACCUCAAACUAAUUCGGAUUCAAAUUUAAUGCCUCCCCCAUCUACCAUGCACUUUCCUAGACGCGAUUCCCUUUUAAAGCUCAACCCUGAAGCAAUAGCAAGUCGUCGAACAUCGCUUGUAAUGCAACCUCUUCUAAAAAAUCCAGAGAAGAAAAGUUAG